AUGAAGAACUUUUCCUUGUUUUUCGUAGCUUUUUCAUUUAUCGCGAUUACCUUAGUAUUUGCUUCUCCUGAGCCACUCCCUGGCGGUUGGCGUAAGUCUGUGGCAAACUUAAUAGAUGAACGAAACUAUUUUAAUCACACAAAAAGGGUUAAUGCACAAAUCACCUAUUACGAAGGUAAUGAUCUAAAGAAUUCAGCUUGCUAUGGAAGAAAUGGACUUCCGGUAUAUAACGCCAAGCCGACUGAUAUGAUUGCAGCCAUGUCAAUGUCUGGAUUCGAAAUGUGCUAUAAAUGUAUUCAAAUUAAAAAUCAUAAAAAAAAGGUUGUCACCGUGACUGUUAAAGUUAUCGACAAAUGUGCCGGAUGUCCUGUUGGUGGGAACAAUGUUGACUUGACGAUAACUGCUUUCAGUAAACUCGCAGAUCCAGUUGACGGCCGAGUUGAAAUUGUAUGGCGUCCACUUCCUAAAUGUCCCACGAAAGGAAGAUGGCCUACAUUUGAAGUAAAGAAGCAUUGA